AUGUCGAAACUCAUUGUAGUCGUCGGCAUCACUGGCAACCAAGGGGGCUCAGUGGCACACAGGUUUCUGCAAGACUCAAAUUACCGUGUUAGAGGAGUGACACGCAACCCCGAAGCCCCGAAAGCAAAGGAGUUCGCCACCCGUGGUGUGGAAAUUGUACAGGCUGAUCUGGAUGAGGCCAAAAGUCUCAAGAAAGCAUUCAAUAAGGCCAAUGUCAUAUUCGCAGUUACGAAUUACUGGGAGCCGUUCUUUCGACCAGAUUGCCGACAGGAGGCGCAGGAGGCGGGCAUCUCAUGUCGAGAGCAUGCAUCUCAUGUCGAGUAUCGGCAUGGUAAGAACAUAGCUGAUGCUGCUGCUACUGAGGUCGAUACAUUACUCCCUAAUGGGUUUCUUGUCUCCACGUUGAGUCAUGCUGGCAAAUGCAGUAAAGGAGCAUUCAAAGAAUUGUACCAUUUUGAUGCGAAGGCCGACAUCUUCCCGGACUAUGUCGGUAGCAAGCAUCCUGGUCUGGCGUCGAAGAUGUCAUGCAUUCAGACCGGCUACUUUUUCACAAGCUAUCGACUAAUCCCAGACUUGUAUCUUAAGAAGUUGUCGGACGGCAGCUUCCAGAUGAGUCUCACGACAAACCCUGACAAGCCUGCACCGCACCUCGAUGUCGUCGCUGACAUGGGUAAUUUCGUGUAUGCUGUAUCACAUAGAUCGCCCGGCGGCCACUACAUGGCCGAGGGAUCCACCUGCAGCUGGUCGGACUGGGUCAGAAUCUGGGGCGAGAUCACUGAUCAGAAAGCUUCGUACCGGCAUGUCACGCCGCGGCAGAUGAUAGACAUGGCCCCUGACAAGGAGUUCGGUAGAGAGGUUGCUGAAAUGUUUAUGUAUACCUCCAACCCUGGGUACGACGGGGGAAUGGAAUUAAUCACGGCAGCAGAUAUGAGGAAGGAAGGUAUUGAUUGCCCUAUGACAAGCCUAGAGGACUUUGUCCGCAAGACUGACUGGACCGAUAUUCUCUCACAAUGA